UGAGAACUUACGUCUUAGGGUCGAGGGCUGUAAGAAAACUGAUCCGUUCAUGUUGUUCAAACUGAUCCACGUUAACGACAAAAUGAUUGGAAGUUUCGGUUAAGAAUACCGACCCGGACAAGAAAAAACACAAGCUUUUUUUUGGCUGCCGCUGGUAGUUUUCUUCAAUCUCUGCACUGCUGCGAUCAGUUUCGAUCCAGUGAUUUGAUGGUACAGAGCUCAUGAAACAGGAAGAAGCCUCGUGCCCAGAUCACUUUCAUGUGUCUAAACUCAUAAGGAGUCAUCUUUCAAGAGGAUCACCAGGCAAAGCUCUGGUUUUGUACGGAAGAAUCCGCCGCGGAGGAGUAUAUUUCCCGGGCUGGGUUCCUUUGCUUCUUAAGGCUUGUUCCUGCGUUCCGACUCUUGUCCAUGGGAAACUAUUGCAUUCUGAAUCUAUGAAAUCCGGCAUCUGUUCUGAUGUCAUGGUCGGAAGCUCGCUGAUCAAUAUGUACGGUGAAUGUGGUUGCACACUGGAUGCCCGCAAGGUAUUUGACGAAAUGCCUGACAGAAAUGUCGCGACUUGGAACGCCAUGAUCGGUGGGUAUAUGAGGAAUGGAGACACAGCGUCGGCGUCUAGUCUGUUUGAAACGAUGCCGAUUAAGAGAAAUACUGUGACUUGGAUCGAGAUGAUAAAGGGGUUUGGGAAGAGAGGAGAAACCGCUAAAGCUAGAGAUUUGUUUGAGAGGAUGCCUCUCGAUGUAAAAAAUGUGAAGGCUUGGGGAGUGAUGCUUGGAGCUUACGCUAGCAAUGGAGAAAUGGAGGCUGCCAGUAGGGUUUUUGAGGACACACCAGAGAAGAAUCCCUUUAUUUGGUCGUUAAUGAUUUCCGGGUUUUUUAGGAUAGGAGAAAUGCAUGAGGCUACAGCUAUCUUUGAUCGAGUUCUUGAGCGUAAUUUGGUGAUUUGGAACUCGUUGAUUUCAGGCUACGCACAAAACGGGUAUGCUGAAGAAGCCAUUGAUGCGUUCUAUAAGAUGCAAGAAGAAGGUUUUGAACCUGAUGAAGUGACAGUUUCGGGCGUCUUAUCUGCUUGUGCACAAUUGGGUCGUCUGGAUGUUGGUAAAGAAGUCCACUUUCUGAUUACCCGCAAGGGAAUCGAGUUUAACCAGUUUGUUUCAAAUGCAUUGAUCGAUAUGUAUGCUAAAUGUGGAGACCUAAUCAACUCGAGAUUGGUAUUUGGGUCGGCAAGCCAGAAAAAUGUAGCUUGUUGGAAUUCUAUGAUCUCAUGCCUCGCCAUACAUGGAGAAGGUCAAGAAGCUUUGGAGAUCUUCAGGACAAUGGAGAAUUCAGACAAAAAGCCUGAUGAUAUCACAUAUCUGGCCGUACUCUCUGCCUGUGUUCAUGCAGGCUUUCUGGAGGAAGGCCUAAAGAUAUUCUCUGAGAUGGAGGAAAAGGGUGUGAAACCAAAUGUGAAGCACUUUGGCUGUCUGGUUGACCUCUUGGGACGAUCUGGGAGACUGAAAGAGGCUUAUGGUUUGGUAACACAAAUGCCUCUGAGCCCUAACGACACGGUUCUGGGAGCAUUGCUUGGAGCCUGUGGGAUCCAUUUGGAUACUGAAAUCGCGGAGAAAGUGAUGAAGCAGUUGGAGACUGAGAGAAGCAAAACAGGCAGUGGGAGGGAAACCCACUUUGUGUCGGUCUCAAACGUUUAUGCAUAUGCAGAGAGAUGGCAGACAGCUGAAGAGUACAGAAGGGCAAUGGAGAAAAGCGGCGUUCGGAAGGUUCCAGGGCAUAGUUCACUUAUUUCGACCUGAUUGUCGGUAGAUACAGAGGCAUUAGUUCACUUACCCAAGUGUUCGUCAUCAUCCAUGAAACUCAAAAACGUCAUUCUAUUGCAGACAGUAUUUGUACAAGAAUGUCUCCUAAUAUGCAGUGAAGGCUUUACUAAUGAUUACACAUAAGAUGCUUACAGGUCAACGUCAACUGCAUUGCAAACAGGACCAACUGGAUCGCAAACAGGAUGUAAAAAGGGCUGGCAAGUCCGGACCAGUUCUGUCUUGCUGUCAUAAUUUUUAAAUCCAAUCCCCUUAGUUCGU